AUGGAGGGAUCUGGGAUCAGAGGAGUAACAGAUCGUGAAGAAGGACCAAUAAAGACUUUAAAAGACCAAAAAACUGGUCAUUCAAUAUCAAUGAAGGCACGCAGGUUAAGAUGGGCGGGGCAUGCAGCUCGGAGCAAUCCAUCUGGAAGCGUCUACGCAACAAUAGAUGUCUCAAUAGAAUUCAAAAGACCACAUGGAAGACCAAAAAGCAGAUGUAUAGAUUGA